AUGGCGUCCACGAUACACAAGACGGCGUCGACGCACAGGUCUGCGGUGGUCCGUGGCACGCACGAGUUCCACAUCGUCGGCUGCAGCGGCCGCAAGCGUUUCGCCAGCGCCGUGAACUCCUCCUCCAUCAAGUCCGGUUCCUUCCUCGCCGGCGGACACACCUGGGCCCUGGCCUGCACCUUCGACGAUCAAGGCAGCCUCGCAUCAAUCACCCUCGAGCUUCUCGGCACGGCCAGGGACGUCGUCUUCACCGCCAGCAUCCGGAUCGAGGACCCCCUUGGCGAGUGGCCGACCGCCGUGUGGCAAAGCGACGCCAUCAGAAUUCAGGAGACUAGGACCUGGCAGCUGUCCGUUCCAGACGCUUACCAUGGCCAUGGGACCCGCUACGUCAGAGACGACCGCCUCACCAUCGAAUGCACCAUCGCCGUCCUCGAGGAGUACUCCCCCAAAGCUGCUGUGGAGACUAGGAACUACUUUGUCUCGGUGGUGCCACCACCGACCAUUGCUCAGGAUCUCCACAAACUUCUACUAGUUAAUGAGUCAAAGUCGGGGUCAGGAUCAUCACACUACGAGGAGAGGAGACGACAUUGUAUGCAGCCGGAUGUAACAUUCGUCGUUGAGGAGACCGAGAUCCAGGCGCACAAGCUGGUUCUUGCCAUGCGAUCACCAGUCUUCGCCGCUGAGUUCCGCUGGCACACGAACGGCACGCUCCUGAGCAUCGACGACAUGAGUGCGUCCACAUUCAGGGCCAUGCUCCGCUUUAUCUACACUGAAGAGCUGCCCAUUAAAGCAAGCAACGACACAAGCCAUAGUGUCUCCAAAGAGAAAUAUGCGUCGAGGCGCCGCCAGGCCAUGGCACGCGACCUGCUCGUGGCCUCUGAUCGUUAUGACCUCGAGAGGCUGAGGAUCAUGUGCCAGAACAUAUUAUUAGAGAGCAUCGACGCCUCGACAGUUAUGGAGACGUUGUUACUAGUGCGUGGCCGUUGCACCUGUUGUCAGCUCGAGGAUUCCUGUAUCGAGUACAUAGCCUCUGACCCUGAGGUGUAUGCUGUUGUGAGGGCGACCGAGGAGUACCAGGAGCUUAAGAAGAGCUGCAGUCCUUUGAUAAUCGAGAUCAUGGAAAGAGUAGCCACACAUAACGGGGUCCGAAAAUCUUGCUCUGAUAGCAUUAGACAUUGGCUGCCAACCAAGAGUUGGUCAACCUAUAACGCGGCAGAGGAGGUGCACGGCGUGCACGAGUUCAGGAUCCCUAACUUUUGCGCCGUUCAAAGGAGCCUUGGUGUUGGCCAAGCAGUUAGUUCAGGCAUUUUCCAGGUCGCCUGUUACGACUGGAAAAUGUUGGUGUACCCUUCAGGAGAGAAAGCAGAGGACCAAGGGAACAUCUCUGUGUAUCUCAUGCUGUUGAGUAAUCCACCUGCCAAUGGUGUCAAGGUGACUGAUAAAAUCAUGUUCCACAACCCAAGAGGAAAUUUUUCUUUCACUGAAGAUGGGAGUAGCAUAUAUACCGAAGUGGCUAAUUGCUGGGGAUACGGAAAGUUGAUUACCUUGGAAUCUGCCAAAUCACAAUACCUAGCGCACGAUGGUUCCUUAACCAUAUACUAUGGUUUUGCGGUCACCAAGCAGCCCUACACUAGUUCGAGCACCCUGACCACCAGGGCCAUGAUCGAUGUGCCAUCGUCAAGCAUUGCCUUGUACCUCGGCCAGCUAUUGGUGGGCGAACAGGGGUCGGACGUGAGGUUUCUUGUCGCGGGUAGCGAGAUUUGCGCGCAUAGCCUUGUGAUUGCAGCCCGAUCGCCGAUCCUAUAUGAGGCGGUGGCAGCCGCAGUCGAUGGACAUAUAAUAAGGAUUGACGGCAUGAAGGACACAGUCUUCAAGGCCGUGAUCCACUUCGUCUACACCGAUGAACUGCCCGCUCUUGGUAGCACGGUGGUUGACGAAGACAUGCUCGCCGCAGCAUCCCGGUUUGGCCUCGAGAGGAUGAAGAUCAUUUGUGAAAACUCCCUAGCCGAGCACAUCUCCAAGGACAACGCGUUCGACACAUUCAAUUUGGCGCGCCGUCACGGUUGUUCGAAACUCGAGGAUUACUGCAUGGAUUUCAUCCUCUCGGUUCCAUCCUUGGCCAAGGAAUUGAUUAAAACGAUUCCUCUGCCGUCUCCACAGGUGGAUGCAGAUUUUUUCAUGGAAGCUUUUGAUGGACUGAACCUGGGAGAGAUGGUGAUGGACUGA